UUUACUAGAAAAGGAUUAGCAUGGGCUGCAAGCCUUCUAUCUUCAAACAAUAAAUCAGAAAACCUGAGAUCUGUGGGCUUUUCAAAUUAGACGUUACUUCUUGCCUUCUGGUUAGCACUCGUUUUUAUCUGCAUGACGGAAGAUGAGAGCCCUCUCACUUGUUGCUCGAAAAGCCUCCUUUAAUCUCAGUGUAUUAUUAUAUAAGCCCAAAAAUCUUCUGUCAACUACACAUUUUGGAUUUGAAACAGUACCAGUAGAAGAUAAACAGUCGAAAGUAAAUCAUGUAUUCGAGAAUGUAGCUAAAAAAUAUGAUUUAAUGAAUGAUGUGAUGAGUUUUGGUGUGCAUAGAUUCUGGAAAGAUUGUUUUGUCAGUCAGAUUAUGCCAACAAAUAAUUUGAAGUGUUUAGAUGUUGCAGGUGGAACAGGUGAUAUUGCCUUUAGAAUCAUGAAAUAUGCCAAGUGUAUUAAUGUAUCCGAGAACUCUGAGUUGAAUCCGCCUAUUAUGGGACCUGAAGUAACAGUUUGUGAUAUUAAUCCGUCGAUGAUGGAAGUUGGGAAACUGCGCGCAGAAGAAUUGGGUUUUAAAAAUAUACAGUGGGUUGAGGGGAAUGCUGAAAAUCUUCCAUUUGAUGAUAAUUCAUUUGAUGUAUACACUAUCGCGUUUGGUAUACGUAACUGCACGUAUAUUGAUAAGGUUGUUGCAGAGGCUCAUCGUGUUCUUCGCCCUUGGGGUCGAUUUUAUUGCUUGGAAUUCAGUAAAGUUGAAAACAGCAUAUUUAGAAGUAUAUAUGACGCUUAUUCAAUGCAAAUGAUUCCUGUUAUUGGACAACUUGUUGCAGGCGAUUGGAAUUCAUAUAAAUACUUAGUUGAAAGUAUUCGUAAAUUUCCGGAUCAAAGUGAAUUUGCUGAAAUAAUUGAACAAUCAGGAUUUACCGGUGUUGACUGGAUAAAUUACUCAGAUGGUAUUGUUGCUGUUCAUAAAGGUUUCAAAAUUCCGUCCAACAAUUAAUAUAUAUAUAUAUAUAUCUGUAUUAUGGACAUGUGUAAUUCUGUUUACAGGACAUAUUGAAUUACAUUAUUGUAGAUAGAUUAUUUUUUUACUUUCUUUUUUCCUACAAAAAUAUACAAAAGCUAGAAAAAGA